AUGAGCACCAUCAGAACAGGCGCCAUCGGGGAACGUCCCCCGCCACAGCCCGCACCACCAACGCCAAGCGACAGUGAAGAAGACACGAGCAGUGCUACGUCCGACACGAGUGACGAAGAAUACGACUCAGACCUCGUCUCGGAGGACGACGACACCGAUCACGAUGCAAAAGUUCUCUCGUCAUACCGCCACCUCCUCUCGCGCAGAGUAGAUCUCGUGGGCGAUUAUGCCGGAGACGAGUUGUUCAUCAUCGAAGGCGACUCACUGCUGCUCAGAUGCUUUGAAGACGAGCAUCUCGACUUUGAUCCAGGAUGCCAAAUUCUUCACGCGGUUUACAAUGUCGAACACUUCCUUCAAAACCUUGUGCAGCGGAAAUGCAACUUCAGCAUCACUUUUUUCGACAGUAACAAGGAGUUCUGUGUUCCUUCAUCAGCAUCGGAAAAGAAUGCCAGCAAAUACUUUCUCGCGCGCGCGGCUGUCAUCAGACACUUGAAGCAGAAUGUUUCGAAGGUCCACUCCAUUGCGGUCACCGAAUUCACGGCAUGGGACUCGCCAGAGUUCAUUGAGUAUUUGCAUAAGGCCUCCCCAUACUUUUUGAUGACCCACGAUGGAGCCAAAGCGGCUUUUCCGAAUGACCAUCGUGUGCACUUGCGCGAGAUGAUCCUGUCAUUCAUUGAGCGUGGAUUCAACGUCGCCUUGGUCAAUGGUUUGGAGUGGAGGGAUACGAAGGUGAUGACGAUGGUUUUGGAAGGCCGGAGACGAGCGAACAUUGGAGCAAACGUGGAGGUGGUUUCCCGAAAGCCACACUCAUCGACCACAGAUGUCUCCGCACAUCUGCAGAAGCUCAUUGAUGCCCACAAGGAUCUCACAGAGCGACAAUUACUAGCAGUCUUGUGCGUUAGCAAGCUGCUGGAAGAGACAGCCUCAGAUAUUGAACAGAAAGCCCGCCUAUGCGCGUCUUUCCUUCUUCACCAAGCGCUGCUGACACAGCUACCAUUGUCUGCACGGCGAAUGGAGGACUCGGCCGGUGGAACGGGAGCGCAGGGUCUGCUGAAUGCUGUUGCAUCUGUGGCGGAGUCGAUUUUGAGGAGCAACUCCUGGGAGUCAGUGCUGCAAGACGCGAGUGUUUCUUGCGAUGUGAUGGAUUUCCUCGACGGACGACUACUUCUUCAGAUCACAGAAUCUCAGAUCAACGUCACUCCGGAAACCAAGGCUGUAUUCGAUCAGCUGCUGAAGGCGCUCGAGAGCCUGACCAGUACCGACGUUUCAAAAUUCGACAGCGUGGUGGCAUCUGCUUCGGACACCAAGCCGGCUACUAGCACGAAAAAUGGGGGAUCGAGCAAAGACAGCCUUGCUGUUUUACCAUUCUCCAACAAGGUUUUCGAUAAGCACCUGGAGUCGGUUCGUAUCGAAAUCGAUGAAGCUGCUGGUGGCGAGCGCAGCUUGAACUCCAGACGUAUCUUUCAGGAGGUUACACAUUGGCACAAUGCCAAGAAACCUCUGAUUGUGAAGGCACCACUGACGCCGAAAGAGGUCAAGAAUGCGUUCUGGGCGGCCAAACGCAAUCAACUUUUCAUGGCCGAAAUGCGGACAUACGCUGCCUCCCUGACCAACGCUGUCGGCAAGAGUCUCGACCCCGAGAGCAUCAUUGUCGGUGUUCCGAGACAAUCACAGGUCAAGCCUAGCACACAUAAGAACAAGCCUGGUGCUAAGAAAGGCGGUGGAGGAAAGACUGCGGCCAAGAACGCCGGUAAGCAGGCAAUGAUGAACCAGAUCGCUGCCAAUAAGGCGAAGAAAGAUGAGAGUGCUGGUGACAAGAUAUUCGGUUCUUGGCAAGUCGCCUGCAAAGGCUUCGAGGCGGACAGCGACCCUCGGACGAGGUACCGAAAGGCCAAGGAAUAUCUCACGAAUCUUCGAGCCGAAUGGAAGGACACUAUCGGACCCGAGUGCGAGCUCUAUCUCCUGAGCUGUCUUUUACAGUAUUGGAUCGCCGCAUGUCGCCAGAAGGAGCAGGGAAAUCGUAUCCAGGUGGCUGCCUUGAUCUGGAGUCACACUCGAAGCAUUGCCCAGCGCAACACUCUGACCAAGACUAUCAUCAAAUAUCUGGACAUGACUGUCAAGACCCUGAGCCUUCCGCCAGUCCCGGAGACUACCGAGAAUGCUACUGACAGGAAGCUCGCGUUCACCUUCGCUCUCCCAACGAAGGUCGAGCCAUUGUCCAUUGGCCUAUCUUCUAAGGACUUUCAAUUGCUGCAGUGUGGUCCAUACCUCGAGCGGUCUUUCGACUCCCGACCAGAUCCCAGAGUUGACUUCCAACCAGAUGGAUGGCAGCGGAAGGUGCUUGACACCAUUGACGCAGAUCAGAGUGUAUUCGUCGUCGCUCCGACCUCUUCCGGAAAGACUUUCAUCUCGUUCUACGCCAUGCGAAAGGUGCUCGAAGCAGACGAUGAUGGCGUCUUAGUUUACGUUGCGCCAACAAAGGCGUUGGUCAACCAAAUCGCUGCCGAAAUUCAAGCUCGUUACAGCAAGAAGUUCAAGUAUGGUGGCAAAUCGGUCUGGGCCAUCCACACUCGAGACUACCGCAUCAACAGCCCGAACGGCUGUCAAGUCUUGGUAACGGUGCCACACGUUCUCCAAAUCAUGCUGCUGGCUCCGACAAAUGCCAACUCGUGGUCAAGCCGUGUGCGACGCAUCAUCUUCGAUGAAAUUCACUCUAUCGGCAAUGCUGAAGACGGUGUUGUGUGGGAACAGCUCUUGCUGAUGGCUCCAUGUCCAAUUAUUGCACUCUCUGCCACCGUCGGAAACCCCGGCGAGUUCAGCGGAUGGCUGGCAACGACCCAAGAAGCCAUCGGCAAGGAGCUCAUCACAGUGCAGCAUCCCUACCGGUACUCGGAUCUGCGCAAGUAUUUCUACGUUCCACCCAAGCGCUUCUCGUUUGAGGGCGUACCUGGAAAGUCAGCUUUUGGAUCGCUGGGUCUCGAAGGUCUCAAGGGCUUCAACUAUGUUCACCCCGUUGCUGGUUUGGUCGACAAGUCUCGCGGCAUUCCAGAGGAUCUAGCAUUGGAGGCUCGCGAUUGCUUGUUCCUGUACAACGCCAUGGCCAAGGUCCAGACAGAUAAGCACGCUGUACCCACCAGCCUUGGCCCGGAGAAGACAUUGCCUGCCGUCUCACGCAAAGUCGAUAUUCUCGCCUGGGAGAAGUCUCUCAAGGCUCUGCUACAGACGUGGCUCGAAGACCCUACGUCUCCAUACGAUGCGCUGGUCAAGGAGCUGGAGCAGUCGUUUAGGAAGGACGACCAGGAAGAGCUUUACUCUACUGCAGCUGGCAACAGCAACAAGCCCGGGGUCGAAACGACUCAGAACCUGCUCAAGACCACCUUGCCCAUGCUUUGCAGACUGAAUGAACAAGACGCGCUACCUGCCAUUUGCUUCAACUUCGAUCGGCACGAGUGUGAGAAGGUCUGUAGGGCCGUGACCGAACAGCUCCAACAAGCCGAGCAGAGUCAGAAGAAGAGUGGUGUUAAGUGGGAGAAGACUCUCGAGAAGUUUGAGGAAUACAAGGAAAUGAAGGCGAAGGCCAACUCGCGCGCCUCUAAAGCUGCGCAGAAGAAGCCAAGCAAGAAGUCGAAGGAAGAUGAGGGUGAUGAAGACAAGGCUUCAAAGCUCGAUCUCCAGCGAGAGGCCGCCGGCGGAGAGGAUACCAAGUGGGAGUCCUUCGAUCCAGACGCGCCAAUGGAAGGCUACCAUUUUGCCGACCACACCAAGGUGCAAACGUCUGAGCUUCAGAUCUACGUUGGACAACUUUGGAAACGUCAGGUCCCGUCUUGGUUGAUCGAUGCUCUCGGUCGCGGAGUCGGAGUCCAUCACGCCGGUAUGAACCGCAAGUACCGUCAAGUCGUGGAGAUUCUCUUCCGCAAAGGCUUCCUGCGUGUGAUCAUCGCCACCGGCACUCUUGCUCUGGGUAUCAACAUGCCGUGUAAGACGGUUGUCUUCUCAGGAGACUCCGUGUUCCUCACUGCGCUCAACUACAGGCAAUGUGCUGGCCGUGCUGGACGCCGUGGAUUCGAUCUUCUUGGAAACGUUGUCUUCCAAGGCAUCUCGCGGCAGAAGGUGUGCAGACUCAUCAGCUCCCGCUUGCCGGAUCUGAACGGACAUUUCCCAAUCACCACGACUCUGGUGUUGCGGCUGUUCACUCUCUUGCACGACUCCAACAGUGCCAAGUAUGCCGUCAGCGCCAUCAAUGCUCUUCUCUCGCAGCCUCGCCUGUACAUGGGUGGGCCAUCUUUCAAGGACCAGACAAUGCAUCACUUGAGAUUCUCGAUCGAGUAUCUGCGUCGCCAGCACCUCCUGGGAUCUGAUGGUCAGCCUUUGAACUUCGCAGGACUGGUCAGCCACUUGUACUUCACAGAGAACUCGUCGUUCGCGUUCCACGCACUUCUCAAGGAGGGAUACUUCCACGAAUUGUGCUCGAAGAUCAAUUCGAACGAGAAGGAUACGCUGGAGACCUUGAUGCUUGUCAUGUCGCAUCUCUUCAAUCGACAGACGUGCCGUCAAUCCGAUCAGGAGUACCGAGAGAAGGUCGUCAAGCCCUCGUCGUCGGUUGUAUUCCUGCCGCCAAUGCCCGAGCAGGCAUCCAAGAUCCUCAUCGACCACAAUCACGAGACUCUGCGUGUGUACAAGGCAUACGUCGAGACUUUUGUGAACCAGCACAUCACCGAAGCGGACCGCACUUUGCCACUUUCGAAGAUCGAAGUCGGCGCAACAUCUGGACAGUCGGCAGCCGCCAACCUCAAGUCUCUCCAACCGACUCGCGUUCGAUCUUCCUUCGUUGGCCUAUCCGGCCACGGCGAUGACUUCACCUCGAUUCACGACCUGUGCCAGACCACUCGCGACGGUGUCUUUCUCGAGGAGGCGGUCAUCCCUCACAUGGAUGUCUACCCGCAGGAGAUGGACGUGCCGCUCAACGCCUACCUCUUGGACUUUUUCAAACAUGGCGACGUCAUGACCAUCGAGCGCGCCAACAAGAUCCGCCGCGCUGAAAUCUGGUUCCUUCUGAACGACUUCUCCAUGGUCCUCGCGACCAUCAUUACCUCGCUCCUCAACUUCAUGAAACUUGCCGAUGGCACGGACAUGGAUAUGUUGGACGUGAUGGGAAAUAUGGAUGCGCACGAGGAAGCGGAAGACGACAAAGUCGCCGCCGCGGAAGACACCGCCUCCGACCUCUCCGGUCCCAGCGCCGCCGACUCGGGCAUCGUGCUCACUGACCGCAGUGGCAACGCCAACGGCCAACGUCCCGCUGCUCCCACCAAAAAGCAAGCCAAGAACGCCGAGUCGUGGGAGGAUCUCGCUGGUGAGGAGGAGGACGCCGCGGCGAAGGCUGUGCGGCAGAAGGAAGAUGCUGAAGCGGAGGCGAAGGCUCAGGAAUUGCCGGCGAGCUGGGAUGGAGAGGGUGGAGAGGGAUUGAAGACUGUGCUCAAGGCUUUUCAGAAGCUGCAGACUGAAUUUAACCUGAAGUUUAGGGCUAUGUGGGCUUAG